AUGGAUGACUUCCUUUACAAGCAAAAUGAGUUUCGACUUUGGCUUCGUGAAAAGCGCAAACCUGAGCUCUGCAGUCGAUUGUCUGCUUCUAAACAGAACAAAUACUUCAAAGAAUUUGUCAAACUAUGGAACAAAAGAAAGCUUUUACCUAAAUACUACAAGCCGUCACUUCUCACUCGAAGAGAUACUCUAGCUCCUGUAAAUCAUAGUCAAAGGUUCAGUUUUGCUGACCCUGCCGACAGCCCUUUGAUCCCCAACUUUCAACCCAGUCCUCAAGUGUCCUUUAAUUCUGACAGCCCACAGCGAGCAACCUCUCUCUCAACUUUUGGCAAACAAGCGGCACAUCGAGCUGGCUUACAAGCGGUAGAGACAAUGCCUAAUCCAGCUAGAAAAAUACCAUCAAAUUUACAAAUAAGUUUUAAACCCCAUAUUGCCUCUCUCUUUUUUCACUCCUAUCUCUCCUUCUCUUUCCUCUCCCUCCUCCUCUCUCUUUCUCUCUUCUUCUCUUCUCUUCUCUUCUUCUCUUCUACUUCUCUUCUUCUUCUUCUUCUCUCUUCUACUUCUCUCUUCUACUUCUCUUCUCUUCUACUUCUCUCUUCUCUCUUCUUCUACUUCUCUCUUCUACUUCUCUCUUCUACUUCUCUCUUCUUUCUCUCUUCUACUUCUCUCUCUUCUACUUCUCUCUUCUACUUCUCUCUUCUACUUCUCUCUUCUUCUCUCUUCUCUCUUCUUCUCUUCUCUCUUCUUCUUCUCUUCUCUCUUCUCUUCUCUCUUCUCUCUUCUUCUCUCUUCUACUUCUCUCUUCUACUUCUCUCUUCUACUUCUCUCUUCUACUUCUCUCUUCUACUUCUCUCUUCUACUUCUCUCUUCUACUUCUCUCUUCUACUUCUCUCUUCUACUUCUCUCUUCUACUUCUCUCUUCUACUUCUCUCUUCUACUUCUCUCUUCUACUUCUCUCUUCUACUUCUCUCUUCUACUUCUUUAUUUCCUAAACAGCAGUUUAUUUUCAUAUUGUCAAGUUUUCUUUGA